UGAAGUGUUAGUGAAAUGCUGCAUCACCUCGACUCUUGAUUUUUCUCGUCUUCGAAUCCAAACUGACAGGAUGUUACGAUAGUCAUGAAAGUGGGCCGUGUGGCCAUCAUCACCCGUGGCCGUUACGCCGGUAAGAAGGUCGUCAUUGUCCAGCCUAACGACACUGGCUCCAAGGCGCACCCCUUCCCCUACGCCAUCGUCGCCGGUAUCGAGCGCUACCCCCUCAAGGUCACCCGCCGCAUGGGUAAGAAGACCGUUGAGAAGCGCAGCCGCAUCAAGCCUUUCAUCAAGGUCGUCAACUACAACCACUUGAUGCCCACUCGCUACACUCUCGAGCUCGAGGGUCUCAAGGGUGCCGUCUCCACCGAGACCUUCAAGGAGGUUUCCACCCGCGAGGAUGCCAAGAAGAACGUCAAGAAGGCCCUUGAGGACCGCUACACCAGCGGCAAGAACCGUUGGUUCUUCACUCCUCUGCCUACGUUGGCUGGGUUAGGUUCGCAAAUGCUGACGGUUCAACAGGUUUCUAAACGGGGUAAUUUGGGGCGUUUUGUCGUUUGAGCGCGCAGGGUCUUAGAUGAGGCAAAGGGAAAAUGAAAAAGCAUCGAAGACGUCCGGUUCAAAAGCAUGGGAUCACGUGAAGUAUACCAUAGCACGAGAGAAGAAUGGGAAUGUAUCGAUGUACAGGUCCAGGACUUGACCAAUUUUUCUUAU